AUGGUAAUGUAUAAUGAAUUCAGCGAGGAAGUCGUAACCGUGCCUCCAACGAACGGAGGUCAGGAGAGCUGGAAAGUGCAAACGCUUUCAUUGAACACCGAAUCGCCGAGUUGCAAUCGUCGCAAAGCUUAUCGUAACCAGCUGCAAACGGUAGUCACAGGGAAACGUACGCGUCCAGCGCCGCCUCCACUACCACCGAUAUCCUGCAAGGUCAAUGCCAAGGACAUCGACAAAUACUUCGAUUGGCCGAACAAGGAGAAUACACCCGGAAAUGUCGUGAAUGGUGACGAAGGAACGAUCGAGGGAAAACUCGAAAACGAACAAUCGACCAUGGGCUCGAAUUUGAGUCGACACAACGGGAAGGGCCUGAAUGGCCGAAGAACGCAAUCAUCUGGGAACUUGUGUGAUCCCAAGGGAAAGUUGAACAGCAUGGGGAAGAUCCUGGUACCUUGCUCGAGCGCGCAGCGGGAAAGAUACAAAUUCUGCGGCUCUUUGCCUAAUCAUCUGGACGAUAAAGAUAUAUUGGACGAUGAUCCAAAGGAAAAUAAUAAUACAAUGACUGAUACCAUCACCGGGAACCUUGGUGGAACAUUACCACACAAAAAACGAUCGUUGGGUGUCCAUUUUUCUGACAGUGGACCAACUGGCACUCUAGACCUCGUGAAACAUCGAUCACAGGACUCUCUGGACGAAAACGAUCCUUGGAGAUAUCAGCAGAGCGACCUUGAUCUAGUCAGGUGUCGUCACGGCAAUUUUGACUCGGUGAGAAGAAACCGCAGCGUCGACACGGUAUCUGGCGAUUCGUCGCGAAGAUACGGUCGAGGGGUGUCUCUGGAAGACAGAUGUCACCGUAAUUCCGAUCUUGACUUGGUGGGCACGUUGCCUAAACGAAAGCUGGACAGCAGAAACAGUGGAAAAUCCUCUGAAACGAAUUCCUCUUCUUCGCAACCCUGCAUCGCUGAUCCAACCGACAACGAUUUGUUGAUGCAGAUCGUGCACAAACCUGAUUGCGAGUUGGUCAGACAUCGUCAGCAACUUAACAAAAGUAUUGAUCUGAAGUUAAGUAAACUUGCUGGUGGAGAACCCCAGGAUCAAGGUUACGCGUCAGAACGUUCACCGGAAGAUGAGCAUCCUCCAUCGAUGCCUGGACAACCGUUCCCGAACAUAACACCCGCUUAACAAAACCAAUUGAUAGAAGAACUUAAGUCGCAAAAUGGUAAAAUUGGUAUGCUAAAUGAAGAAGAGUAAUUCGAAGUGUGAACGAGUAUGACCUACAACAGGAUUCAUUUGAAGUACAGAAUCCGUUUACACGUAAAUGUCAAAACUGAAAAUGCUCAAUGGGAACAGAAGAGUCAUGUUGUGUAUGUUGACAGUUGCAUCGUUAUUUUACUCCAUGACUUUU